UUGGCGCCUCUCGGCUGGCUCCUAUCGCCCAGGUUUUUCCGCCGUCUGUUACCCGGUUCAGGCACUCUGGAGUGGUCGUCAGGGCGGAUAGACGCCCAGGCCUAAUAUCGGCACCUCUGCCGUGCUUCGGGCUUUGUACAGUUUUGGAGUCCGCCGCGCCUGACAAAAGCGAGUGGCUCGAGCCGGAGCUUUAGGCCGUUGCCGGAGCGCGAGUCUCGGCGGUUACUCAGCACAACCGACUUCCUUCAGCUUUCGAACGGCGGUAGUUCGAGGGGUCCGGCCGUGUGUGUGUGUGUGAGAGAGACAGAGACAGAGUCUGAGCCGGCGCUCGAGCCCGCCACAGCCCAGGGAGGCAGUUGGACGCGGCCGCGCGCUCUUCGCGGUGCGCGAGAUUGGAAGAUGAAUAAUCUUUCGUUUAGUGAACUGUGCUGCCUAUUCUGUUGUCCACCAUGUCCGGGAAAAAUAGCUUCCAAACUGGCUUUUUUGCCCCCAGACCCUACAUAUACACUGAUGUGUGAUGAAAGUGGGAGUCGCUGGACUCUACAUCUUUCUGAACGAGCAGACUGGCAAUACUCUUCUAGAGAAAAAGAUGCCAUUGAAUGUUUCAUGACUAGAACCAGCAAAGGUAACAGGAUUGCCUGUAUGUUUGUGCGUUGUUCCCCUAACGCCAAGUAUACUUUGCUCUUCUCGCAUGGGAAUGCUGUUGACUUAGGUCAGAUGAGCAGCUUUUACAUAGGACUUGGUUCACGGAUUAAUUGCAACAUAUUUUCAUAUGAUUACUCUGGAUAUGGAGCAAGUUCUGGAAAACCAACUGAGAAGAAUUUGUAUGCUGACAUCGAUGCUGCUUGGGUAGCUCUUAGAACAAGGUAUGGAAUUCGCCCUGAAAAUGUGAUUAUAUAUGGCCAGAGCAUAGGAACAGUGCCAUCGGUGGAUCUUGCUGCUCGUUAUGAAAGUGCUGCUGUAGUUCUUCAUUCUCCUCUGACCUCAGGCAUGCGAGUAGCUUUUCCUGAUACUAAGAAGACCUACUGCUUUGAUGCAUUCCCAAACAUCGACAAGAUCUCUAAAAUAACAUCUCCAGUGUUAAUAAUCCAUGGGACUGAAGAUGAAGUGAUUGACUUUUCACAUGGCCUAGCUUUAUUUGAGCGUUGCCAAAGACCUGUGGAACCACUGUGGGUUGAAGGGGCAGGACACAAUGAUGUUGAGCUUUACGGACAGUACCUUGACAGAUUAAAACAGUUUGUAUCACAGGAACUGGUGAAUUUGUAAAUUGCUUUAUACGGUUACUUGCUGUUGAAAAUCUUUGCAGAACUGCAAAUCUUGAUAGCCACAGCAUAAAACCUGAUGGUUUUGUUUCCAAAUCAGAUCAGUUGCCUUCAUAUAUGUACAGGUAAUGAUUUGUAAACAUAAUUAAUGAAAGUUUUAAUACCAGUAUUAACUGGAACAACUGAUGAUGGGGACAAGCUUGUGUAGUUCAUAUAUUUUGUGCAAGUUUUCUUAGAGUCAAUUUGCCAGUUUUUCUUAAGAUGUACAAAAAUCAUAGGGAAGAAAGUGAAAUUUUAAUUAUGUAAAAUCAGAUGCUGUAAAAGUGUUGCCAAAUGCUUUAGCAUAUCAGAAACAAGUUUAUAUGUAAUAUUUUUAAACAUCUCAGAUUGUACUGUGACCUAUUCUGUUGCACAGGUGUAAUUGAAGCAGUUGUAAAGUACAAAUAGCCAUUACAUUUGAAGGAAUAAAAAAGAACAAUGAAAACAACCACUGGAAUUUACAGACCCUAUUAUAUAGGGAUCAAGUCAAAACAAGUGUUUUAUUAUCUUUCAUAAAUUAUUCUCAAUGUUUUCCUCUUUCCUGAAUGAUUAAUGGCCAAAAAUGCUUAUUUGGCCAUUGUUGCUCUUCAAAACAAAGGCAAAAAAAUCUUGAUUCUCUCAUAACCACUCCUAUUGACAGGGUCCAUAUUAAAACAACUAAAUACAAUACUUCAGUGGUUUCUCUGAAAUCUGUAAGAAAUCUAAAGAUAUUUGUGGUCAUUUUGAAAUGAUAAUGUAAAGAAGCAGAAGUUCAAUAAUAAAACCCCUAAUAUUUAUCCGACUUUAUUGUACUGGCAACCAUGCAAAGAUGCAGUUGUCAUUUCUGAUUUGAUUUGAAUGUUUGUAUGUGUAGGACUAAUUGUUUCAAGUAUUAUGAGAAUUCUACUAAUGUACUCCUAUAUAGUGAAACGAAUGUUGACAACUCAUAGCAAAAUAAAUUGCCUUUCCCUUAAAUACAUUUUUGCUUGAAUAAAAUAUAAAAUAGAUCUAAAAUGUAGCCUAAUUUGUAAACAAAGUAAUACUCAAAUACACACUGUGCUUCUAAUUUUAAAGCCUUAUGUAAUUUACUUGUUCUGCUUGUUUUUGUGAUUGUCUGGGAGUGUUGUAUAAUGUAUUGUGAAUGCUUAGAUGCUGAUGUGUUCAACUCAAAUAAGAGAAAUUACACACACUUGAUAAUGAGUUUUUCUUGCAAGGCAUAAACUAUAAGUUCCUGAUUAGACUGUUUUCAGUGACAAGUAAAGAGCAAGAGAGCACAACUCCAAAUGUGACUAAAACAUCCUGCCAAAAUCUGCUGCUUCCAUUAUAUUGAUCUCUUUUUCCCUCUCUAGAGGUCUUUGCUAUUUUCGUCAUCCACUUCUACUUUAUAGAGUCAGCUUGAUCCAAGUAACUCUGUUAGUGUAUACUUUCAUUUUAAGCAAAGUCAUGCUGACUUCUAACUAAGACUUUGAAUAGUGUCUGUGUUUUCAUAAAUGAAGGACUGAACAUAUUAAGUAUACAGGGUAAAGUGUUAUUGGUUGUCACAGUGAGUAGCAAAUGUAUGUCAGAAAUAAUGAAUUGGACUUAGAGGCGUUUCCUGUGGUGGAGGGAAGUGUGUGGAUCCAGCCCACUAUAUUUAAAUAUAACGCUAAAUCCCAGUUGAAAUGUGAUUUACUACAGGAAGGGUGCGAUCUUAUGCAUGUUUAGACAAAAAAGUCUACAACUCUCAGCCAGCCCUAACACCUGUUGCACUCUUCCCUCACCCCAAAUAAAGAGGAAAAAGGACUGCUGUAAUCACAAUAAUUGCUUCAAGUAGUCUCCUUGUACUAUCUGGGUCACACUGAGGUUUGUCCAUGUGAUUCUUUAUAGGGGAGAGGUUGGCUUGAAGGGGUUAGGAAAUAGCAACCAGUUCUCAUACGUGAAGUGACAUACAGUUGUGCUAGUGAAGUUAAAGGGAUUUCUAAUAUUGCUAAGUAAAAAUCACACCUGUCUCAGUUAAGAUUUUAUACGUACCAUUUAGAUACAGUUUGUUAAAUGCAUUUUGAUGCAUCCAGACUCCGUUAUACUUGGAGUAGACACAUUGAAAUUAAUGGGCUUAAGUUAGACAUGACUAACUUUCAUCCCAUUGAUUUUAAUGGGUCUACUCUUAAGUAUGACUAAGUCUAGAUCCAACUCAUUGAAACUACAAAUUAGAAAAGUGUGCACCAAUUUUGCUUCAUGUUCUGUGAAGUAGUUUAUCUUGGCAUAUAAAGUUAAGUGCCUGUCUAAACUUCGGUGGCUUACAAUACUACAAAAUAUGCAUACAUUCAUAAUAGUGUGACCUUUGAAACUGUCACGAGCUAUUUUAUAGUGUGCAACUGGAAUUUUUAUAGGCUUGAUCUCCACUCAAGUAUCUUUUUAAAGUCCUGUUAUGCAAUAUUUAGUCCUUAAAAUCCAGCUUCACUCCGGUGUAUUUGUUGAAACAUUCAGUACUUAAUAUUGAAUAACUUUCAUUUGUCAGAGUUGCAUCCCUGGAAUAUUGUUUCCAAAAUUGUUUUCAUCCAUAUGUCAUAAUGAUAAGGGGGAAAUGUUUAAACAAAUCUCUGGCACUGUAGAAACCUUUAUCGUUGAUGUGAACCUCAAAUGAUAAGACAUGUGGUAUUAAUUGUUUUCUGUGUGAAUACGUUAAUAGUUUUUCAUAUUAAAAGCUGUUUUGGUAUAACUUAACUUAAUUUCAAUGUCAGUCCAUAUACGCCAGACGUAGGGAAGUGUGACCUUCCAGAUGAUGUUGAACUACACAUCCCAUCAGGCCUAGCCCACAAAGCCAGGGGUGAGAGGUGAAGGGAGUUUGAGUCUAGCAGCAUCUGGAGGGCCAUCCCUGAUAUACUUCUUCACAGAAAGUUAAAUUUAAUCUGGGUAUCUGCAAGAACUGGCCUUGGUUUGGUAGCUGGUACCUCUCUCUAGCCCAUAUGUGAAAUUCUAUCUUAUCUUUGGGUUGAAACACAGACCUGUGCAAGCAGCUUGUAAAUUCACUGUAGGUCUGGUUGCAACUUCAUAGUAGCAAGCUGAAUUAUGCCCCCACUUCUGCACAUUUCAGAUUGAACAUGUAAUAAAUGUGGGAGAAUUUGCCUCAUUGUGUGGCUUGAUAGUACAGACAGCUCUUCCCCUGCUUGACAUUGCCUUACAAUGACUUUAUAAAUGUUUAUUAUGACCCUUUCUACACCUAGGAUUAUCCUAGGAAAAUGGAGGGAUCAUCCCUGCCUGCUCCCAGGAUCCCCUGUGUGUCAUUUGCAUACACAGGGAUGAUCCUGGGACGAUCCCUGAAAAAAAGGCAGGUGUAGAAACGGCCCACGUGACAUAUAUAUCUGGGAGGAUCUUGUGUAAAGUGACCUGUCUGCAUAGUAAAGAGGCAGACUGCCAUUUCUGGAUGUGGCAGACCAGUAGAUUGUAACUGCUAGUAUAAAAGGCUUUAUCAUACAUUUCCCCCCUUCUGUAUCUGAAGACGCAUGACAUAUGUCAUGCCAUGACUAGUUCCUGAUGACUUGACUAACCUGAGUCAUGUAUGUUCAGUAUAUAUUGACUAUUAUGGCUUGAGAGAAUACUGAUGUCAUUUCGUAAUUAAGAUACAGGCUACAAAAGUGCAUCUUUUGAAAAUAUUGAGAGUAAGUUCAAAUUUGUUUUAUAUUUAGUAGAGUCAAAUAGCGCUUUUUAAAACACAUUUUGCACAAGGUUUUUAGGAGGCAAAAGUGGAAUGGAAGAUUGGCCUUUUUGUGAAGAGGUAAGUAUAGCUUCUAAUUUCCUUACAGUAGAACUUUGCAUGGCUAUUGAAGCCAAGCCCUGCUAACAUGCAGUGUAUCCUCCACAGUUCAAAAUAUGAUCUGAUUUGGGUUCUUGGCCAUUUUAUAGGGUUGCUUGUGGCAAUCUGGACAACUUCUGUAGAUCUAUGUGUCAAGUGAAAAGCCAUUAACUAGAAACAUGCCGUCUUUAUUUUUAGUUUGGUGCUAAACAGGCAUUGUGAGGAGGGAGGCAGUAUAAACUAUAGACUGGGAGAUUAUUAUUUUUUCAUUCCUGUGCAAUAGCAAGCUGGGCAACUCUAGUGUUCAUGACAUUGGAAAAGGCAGGCUGUCGAGUUGAAUCCCACAGCCUGAGAACAUAAUGGGCAUACACUGUGUAGUUUCAGGCUGAGCACUACCUCAAACUGGUCUUGUUACUUUAGGGUAUUUGAAACUCCAAAUUUGGAAGAUAAUUAUGGAUGCGUUGCAUUAUUAUAAAGCCUAAACUAGACAAUGCAAGACAGUCUCUGAAAUGGAAACUAUUUGCAUUAAGAUAAAUCUAAAAAAUGUUAGUCAACAUGAACAUCUUUGCUUCUGUUCUUUCACUUCUGUUAAGUUUGGAUUAAUCCAAAGUCAGGUCUAAGCUUUACUCACUGUUAACUCUGUUUAAAAACUCUGCUGAUCGUUGUACAUUAAGACGACUUAAAUAAAGCCUAGCUUUUGACUA